AUGACCUGCUACACUUGUCCUGAACAGACGCUGGACUUCCAUGACCUGCCCCUCGCGGCGGGCCGUGUAGCUAUGUCGCCGCCCGCGUCUCCUGACCUCGGCUCAUUAGCCGUCGCGGCAGCCAUUGUGGUUCCUCUCCAGAGACUCCAGCGUCCGGCAGCGCCCUGCCAGUGGGAGUGGGAGCAAUGGGCGCUGCCGCCGACCACGUUCAACGCGACCGAGUCGGCCGCCUACCGCGGCCCGGGCCCGCGCGUCGGCGCCUCGCUGUGGAGGGACCGCGCCGGCCGCUCCUGGUGGCUGUUCGGCGGCCGGCAGAGGGCAGCGCACGCCGGGGACGUCCUCAAGGUCUACUCCGACCUGUGGCGGUACGACGUGGCGGAGACGCGCCGCUGGUCGCGGGUCUUCCCCAGCGACGACGGCCGAGCCAAGGCCAGCGGCAUCGUGAUGCUGCGCGCCUGGCUGCAGUCCGCAUUCGCCGCCGGCAACAGAUCAGGUAUCGUGCUGUGCGGCAGAAGCGAGGCGCGCCGGCCGGAGGACCGCUCGCUGGCGGUGUACGGGGCACGCAGCGGACGCAGCGACACCGUCUGGCAGAUGGAGCUGAAGGACGGCCUGUGGACGGCCUACGUCUGCUGCUGCGACUCCACCGACCGCAGCGACGAGGGGCACCCGCGCCGCCACCGCGGCCAGGACCCCAGGGAGUUCCCGCGCGCCGCCCUGCCCGGCGACGACGACAACAACACUCAGGACAAUGCACUGCCCGGAACUAGAGGCACCAACGCUUCUGCUGUGGAGGAGCACACGGGCCCUUGGAUAGAGCAGCAGAGGCCGUCGCUGGCCCCGAGGAACCGCGAGGAGCGGCCGCCAGUCAAAAACUCUGCCGGCACGGAGGAGGGGGCAGAGGCGGGGGCGGAGGACAAGGAGGCUGCGGAGUGGCGGGCGCGCCCCGGCAAGCGGCCCCCGGGCAGCGUGCAGCCCGCGCCGCUGCUGCCGCCCUCGGACCGCAGCCGCUCGCCGCCCCCGCCGCCCCCACCCAAGAAGAAGCAUGCCACGACGCCGACCCCGCCGCACACCGUCGCCGACUCCAGGGUGCCGGCUGACGGCGGUCACGACGCCUCCACCACGACAGUAGCCAGUACCGCGACUGGCGCCAGGACGACGCCACCGCCCACCACGCCCAGCAGCGUGUCCAGAGGCGCUACCACGGCGACAUCUUCCAGCGCGGCCACCCCUACGCGGCUGAGCACGGCUGCCACCACACCCGCGGACUGCGAGUUCUCUGACGAGGACGAGCCCCCGCCGUGCGCGCACCACCAUCGCCCCGAGGCGUCUCCCGCCCCACUGCCGCGGCCCCCGCAGCCCCAGCAGCAGCAGCAGGCCUUCUGCCCGGACUUCGACAGCCAGGAGCGCUCCGGGGCGCCAGGUGCGCAGCCCAUAGCGUGGUGCGACACCCGCCGCGAGCUGUUGGCAGCCCUGGACCUGCGCGGCUCGCCGCUGCGCCUCUGGCAGUUCGACCUCAGGACUUCGCACUGGACGCAGCACCAGGUGCUGGUGGAGAACGGCUCGCUGUGGCCGGGCUGCGCGGACGGCAGCGCGCGCCACGCGUCCAGCGGUGACGCGGUGUACGUGGUGUGUGCGCCGUACGGCUCGUCCUUCCCGACGUCGACGCGCCUCGUCUACCAGCUGUGGGGGGCGACAGGCGCGGGGCCCGGCGCCAUACGCGCGCUGGGGCAGCUGCAGCUCGACGCCGCCUUCGAGGAGCCGGCCGGCGCCAACAUCUGGAUGGACGAGACGCGCACCGUGCUACAGGCGGGGGAGAUCGGCGGCUCGCGGACGCUGCUGCUGGUGGCGUACAAGGACACAGUACACCUCUGGCUGAGGGAGCGCGCCGGCGGCUUCUGGCCCGUCGAGCUCAAGUGGCAGGGCGCCGCCUAUAAGUGGUUCCGCUCCUUCAGCUCACCACUCUACCACUUCAGCAUCAUGGGACACCCCUGGGUCAUGCCCAACCCCAGGGAUUUGCAGGCGCAGGACUAUUGGCCAGUGGAGCGGGGCCGCUUCGUGGUGCGCAUCGUGGACCCUAGCGACGCCAACGCGUCUCCGCACGGCGAGGUGCACGUGGCGCCUCCCCCCGCACUGCCGCCGCCGCCGUCGCUGCACGUGUCGCCCCCUCUGGCGCAGCCGCCGGCGCAGCCCUCCAACGGCGUUAAGGCCAUCGUCUUCUUCGGCCUCUCGCUGUCCAUCUUCUCGGUCUUCGGCGCCGCCGUCUUUGUGCGCCGCUGCGUCACGUGUCCGCCGGCGCGCCGCGACGCCGACUCGAAAGGCGUGGGCGGCCUGGCCGGUGUCGGAUUGGGCGGUGGCUCCUCCAAUCAGGCUCCAGUCGUGCGCUACAGCGCCAUCCCUGACGACCUCGGCUACCCUGCCGCCUAGCGGCCGCUGCCCGAACUCCGUGCGCCCCCCACGAAGCUGCGCGUGUGACGGGGCUGGCGUUUGGCGCUGCCUGUCUGUCAGGAUGCUAACUACUUGCUUGAGCCGUGACUGUUCCACGAACAAAUUUCUCUGCGGCCGAAUAAGAACAAUGUAUUUACUUCGGACUUUUGUCUUCUAAAAACUUCACGUAUUGGUUUUUGUUGCUAUUCAAAAUAUACUAAUUGGGGUACUAAAUAUUUCUUCCUGUGAUAACAGAAAAAGCGCUGUUUGUUUUCUCAGUCCAGUUCCGAAGUUGGAACGAAACGUGUAAUUGCAUACAUUUCUAUACUGUCUGUUCACUUUUUCUUGAGCGCUAAUAUGAUUCUAUGGGUCUCGGAGAAACUAAGUUUCGCUCUCCAGAACGACUCCUACGGGAAGAGGAGGCAAUUAUUUUUCACUGACUUUUACACAUUUCUGCCACUGCGUCUCUAUUUUGUAAUCCUUACUGAGCACACCCACAAGAGAAGCGAACAUAACCUUUCCUUUCCGAGAAGGACUGAAUACUUGUGCCCAUAGUGAAAGAGCAACUUCUCCAUCAUAGGGUUCACAGCAAACAACAGAGCACAGCAUUCAAAUGACUGCAACAACGUUAUGUCAGAGAAUAAUGUUUUAUAGCUUAACUUAGCAUGGACUGAGAUGAAACAUUAGCAGCCCAACAUCUUCCGAACUAAGCCGAUAAAAAAAAAAAAAAAACCCUAAGUGAAAUAUCUACCGAUUCCGAAUAAGGGCCUGAGCGCACAAGUAAAAAUGAACUGAAUGUAGAUAUGUAUGUGUGAAACUACUAAUGUCAUAUCUAUCGACACCUUUAAAUGCUGUGAUUUGCGAUAUUUAGCAAUACUGUUUACGUCUACGGUAUUUUUCGUUGUAGUCUUCCCAUUUUAAACACGAAAAGGACAAAGGACAAUGCUUGUUCACCAUGUCCAAUAAAGAUAUGUUUGUUGUUGUUUAUAUUACUAAACUGUUUAGAGACUAACUCAAAAAGAUUAGCUGCUUCAGU